AUGCCGCCGGGGGUCUAUGGCAUGCAGGAUGUGUGGGAGAACGAGGGUCGAGAGCAGGUCACAGUGGACUUCCUCCUCCCCACAGGGAUCUACCUGAGCUUUCCUGUAUCGCACAGUGACACCAUUGGGGCUAUUAAAAAAAUGGUGUGGAAAAAUGCCAGAAGCGAACCCCUCUUCAGUGCCCUGGGUGACCCCGAUGCUUACGUGUUCACCUGCAUUAACAUGACAGCGGAGCGUGAAGAGCUGGAGGAUGAGCAGAGGCGCCUGUGUGACGUUAGGCCCUUUAUGCCUGUGCUCAGGCUGGUUGCCCGUGAAGGAAACAGAGUGGAGAAGCUCAUUAACACCCAGAUCAGUCUUCUCAUAGGCAAAGGUCUGCAUGAAUUUGAUGCUCAAAAGAACCAUGAAGUGGAUGAAUUUCGCACAAAAAUGCGUUUGUUUUGUGAAGAACGAGCUUUGGAACGCCAGCUGUUGCCAUGGUAUCAGUGGAUGGAGUACAGCUUUCCGUGUGACUUAGAGCCAUGUUCCAUAGUGACACAGAGCGGGAAAAAUCGCAAUGUUAAGAAGAUCUUUGUUAAUGUCAAAUUUGAGGCCAGUGAGGAAAGCUUUAUGCUCCAGCUUGAGCCGCAUGAUUUGCCAGUGACUUUGGUGAAGAGCGCUCUGAAGAAAAAGGCCACAGUUUUCAGGCCAGUGAAGCAGGAGAAACCUGAGGAUUAUACUCUACAGGUUAACGGGAGAUGGGAGUUUAUCUACGGGAAAUACCCCCUGUGUCAGUUCAAAUACAUUUUUUCAUGUUUGCAUGGAGGCCUGACUCCACAUUUGACUAUGGUUCAUCAUUCCACAAUCGUUAAGUACCAGGAGGAACAAGGCAUCAUUAACAAUCACAUCUCCAAGAGCCGAUCCUCCUCCAAACCUCCGCCUCUGCCCCUCAAGAAGCAAAACACUUCCUUACUGUGGUCCAUUCAGGAACCUUUUUAUGUACAGCUAGUACAGGGCGCUCGGGUCAAUGCAGAUGAGGGCAUGAAGUUGGUGGUCCAGGUGGGGCUUUUCCAUGGCAGUGAGCUUCUGUGUAAAGUAGUGACCAGUAAUGAGAUCAACGUUAGUUCUGAGCCUUUGUGGGACCAGAAGUUGCAAUUUGACAUCGGCGUUAGUGACCUGCCUCGCAUGAGUCGCCUCUGCUUCGCUCUCUAUGCUGUUAUUGAGAAGGCAAAGAAACCACGGUCAACUAAGAAGAAGAACAAAAAAGCUGAUUGCCCUUUAGCCUGGGUGAACACUAUGGUUUUUGACUACAAGGACCAACUGAAGACUGGAGAAUUCUGGCUGUCCACUUGGCCCUCGGUGCCAGAUGAUAAAGGUGAUCUGCUGAAUCCAAUGGGUACUGUGGAAAGAAACCCAAACAUUGACAGCACUGCUGGACUCCUGAUACGAUUUCCCAACAUUCGACCUCACCCUCUUUACUACCCUCCUCUGGAAAAGAUAAAUGAAUUAGGAACAAAUGGAGAGAGGGUGGCCACCACAAAAGAGGAGCACCUUAAGCUGAAGGAGAUAGUGGACAAUAAGAACUACACAGAGUUUUUUGAGGAUGAGAAAGAGUUGUUAUGGAAGAUGCGGAGCGUGGUGCGUGAGAAGUAUCCAGAGAGUCUCUCCAAACUGCUUCUCAUCACCAAGUGGAAUAAACACGAAGAUGUAGUACAGAUGGUGUGUUUGUUGCGUAAAUGGCCAGAUCUGCCUGCCUUACAUGCCCUGGAGUUACUGGACUACAGCUUCCCCGACCCCCACGUGCGCUCUUUCACCAUCCGCUGUCUCAGAAAGCUACGGGAUGAUGAACUGUUUCAGUACCUGCUGCAGCUGGUCCAGGUUCUGAAAUACGAAUCCUACCUUGACUGUGACUUAACGAGUUUCCUCUUGGAAAGAGCUUUGUCCAAUAAGAGGAUAGGUCACUUUUUGUUUUGGCAUCUCAGGUCAGAAAUGCAUGUGUCCUCAGUCAGUUUACGUUUUGGGCUCAUCAUGGAAGCCUACUGUCGAGGGAGCAUCUAUCACAUGAAGAGUUUAAUGAAACAGAACGAGGCCCUGAAUAAAAUGAAGGCUCUGAAUGACUUUGUGAAGUCUGGCUGUCAGAAGGCCUCUAGGUCUCAGACCACAGAGGAAAUGAAAGUGUGCAUUAAACAGGACACAUACCUGGAGGCACUGUCUGAUCUGCUGUCCCCUCUGAAUCCCAGCAUCAUUCUCUCAGAGAUCUGUGCAGACAAUUGUAAAUUCAUGGACUCCAAAAUGAAGCCCUUGUGGCUGAUGUAUAAGAAUAAAUGGAUGCAGACAGAUACCGUGGGGAUUAUCUUCAAGAACGGAGAUGAUCUGCGGCAGGAUAUGCUGACCCUUCAAAUGAUUCAGUUAAUGGAUGUACUUUGGAAGACAGAAAGCCUGGAUUUAAGGAUGAUUCCGUACGGCUGUUUGUCAACUGGGAAUAAGACAGGUCUCAUUGAGGUUGUGAAAAACUCUGACACCAUCGCCAACAUCCAGAGGAACAACAGCAACAGUGCUGCAACUGCUGCCUUCAAUAAAGAUGCUUUACUCAACUGGCUCAAGUCCAAGAACCCCGGGGAUAAGCUGGACCAGGCCAUUGAAGAGUUCACACUGUCAUGUGCGGGCUAUUGUGUAGCUACAUAUGUUUUGGGAAUAGGAGAUCGCCAUAGUGACAAUAUCAUGAUCAGGGAAAAUGGCCAGCUGUUCCACAUAGACUUUGGACACUUCCUUGGGAACUUUAAGACCAAAUUUGGGAUCAACAGAGAACGUGUGCCUUUCAUUCUGACAUAUGACUUUGUUCAUGUGAUUCAGCAGGGGCGAACCAACAACAGCGAGAAGUUUGAGAGAUUUCGGGAGUACUGUGAGCAAGCCUACAAGAUCCUCUGUCGAAAUGGGAUUCUUUUUGUGAACCUGUUUGCCUUGAUGAGAGCGGCAGGGCUUCCUGAGCUCAGCUCCUCCAAAGACAUACAGUACUUAAAGGACUCUCUUGCACUGGGCAAAUCUGAGGAGGAAGCACUGAAGAACUUCAAAGUGAAAUUCAAUGAAGCUCUGAGAGAAAGCUGGAAAACUAAGGUGAACUGGAUGAUGCACAGUUUUGCCAAAGACAACAGAUGA